AAACGAAACCUUAGAACUGAGUUCUGUGAAAUCAAAACCAAAAUGGUGGCAAAAAUGGUGGCAUCAUCAUACGAAGAUAGCCGUCGCAAAAGAAUGGAAGAGAAUCGGAAGAGGAUGGAGGCUCUCAAUCUCACUCAGCUCUCUCAAUCCCUUCACAAAUCAUCUUCCCCCAUUUCAAAACCCUCGCCGUCCAAAUCUCGCACCGUCAAGAAAGAGCUCGUCGCUGUUCGAAGAUCCGGCCGUGUCGCCAACCAGCCUGCUCCUGUUUACAAAGAAGUUCUUAUUGAUUGCGAUAUGAUGUCUGGAAAUAGAUCUUCGAGAGGAGGUUAUAAUAUGUAUAGGGAUUAUUCGAAGCGUGUGUAUGCUUCCGAUGAAGCUCGAGCGGAAGCAUUGAACAAGGCGGAGAAGUUGCAGUCUGAAUUAAACUCGCCGCAUCCAAUUUUUAUUAAGACAAUGCUCCAAUCUCAUGUCACUGGUGGAUUCUGGCUGGGUCUUCCAGUUCAUUUCUGCAAGCAAAACCUUCCAAAACAGGACGAAGUGAUGACCUUGGUUGAUGAGGAUGGAGAUGAGUCUUCAACUACAUUUUUGGCUUAUAAAACAGGACUUAGCGCUGGAUGGAGAGGUUUUGCCAUUGCUCAUAAACUUGCUGACGGGGACGCUUUAAUUUUUGAAUUAGUUAAUCGCACUACAUUCAAGGUGUACAUUAUUAGAGUGAAUGGCAGUCCUUCAGAGGAUGAAGAGCUCGAGUGAAUUGCAGUGAAGUUGGAGAUUGGAGGCUGUAAAAUUAAUGUAGCUAUUAUAACCAAAUUAUAAAAUGCAUCCUCUUGAGUAACAACUUGGGUCACUUCUGCUGAUCAACUAUAUAGUUAGCAAUGUUAGGUGAAGGCGGUAGUUUAAGAUUUGUCCGUUGUCGGCAUGGUCACUUUGUGAUCGCAUUUUGUGUAUUGGAAACAUUAUUAUUUAGUAGUUCUAUAAUUAAUACAAGUAUAAGUUUAACGGUA